AUGCUCCAAACGCCCCCGCUCACCCCCCGGGCUUUAAGUGCUGCGGUUUCAAAGCUCCUGGCGGCAUCCCCUAGGCUCAGUUCCCUGGAGAGCUGCGGGUAUGGAGGGGGGAGGAUGGAGAAGGAGGAGGGAGAGGAGGGUAGGGGCAGCAGGGAGGGAGGGAUGAAGGGGUGGGGAGAUAGUGGGGCGAGGGGCGUUGGGUUUGUGGUUGAGACAGAGGAGCCGCAAGGAGUGAUCGAGCUUCACACGGCUGCCAGACUUCCUUUCCCUGUGGCUGCUGGAUUGGCUUCUGCUGCGGCUGUCUCUCCCGCUGCUUCUGCUGCACCGCAUUCCCCUGGGCCGAUUUCCCGUGCUCCCUCCUCCCUCGGGAUUGCCGCCCUUUCUCCCGUGCCUCCUCCUGCCCUUGCUGCUGCUGCCACACCCGUUGCAACUGUAGUUAAUGAUGGCGGUGACAUCAGCAGCGGUCAUGGUGACGUGGACAUAGCUGAUGCUGCUGACGUGGACACAGAGCCGGCUCCGUCACGCAUUUCUCUCCAGCCUAUGGUCGAUUUCCUAAGGGCAGCUGACGUCAGCGAUGACGUCAUCACGCGAUGCGAGGAGGUGGUUCAACGGCAGGUAGUGGAGCGGGUGCUGCUGGGGGAGAGGCGUGCAAAGGAGCAGCUUAUAACGAGGAUGCAGGAGCUAGAGGUCGGCUUUUCUUACCCGUUUGUCCCACGCCGCACGCGUCUCCCGCUACCAGACAAGCAAAACCGCCCGGGAAGCCUAGCCGGGGGGCUGUGGGCGGCGCUGCGCGAGUGCGUGGGGCGGGAUUUGUCCCGAGUGUGCCUGCCGGUGCAGCUGAACGAGCCAAUGGGGUUGCUGCACAAGUGCGCCGAGGAGAUGGAAUACAGCUGGCUGCUGGACCGGGCGGCAGAGUACGGGCGGCGGGGCGAUCAGCUAAUGAGAGCUCUCCACGUGGCAGCCUUUGCCAUGUCAGGCUAUGCCAACACCAGCGCGCGCAUGCACAAGCCCUUCAACCCGCUGCUGGGGGAGACCUACGAGGCUGAUUACCCCGACAAAGGCUUUAAGCUGCUGGCGGAGAAGGUUCUGAACCACCCCCCAACGGUGGCAGCACACUGCUGGGGCAACGGGUGGCAACUGUUUGGAGACUCCACUCUCAAGGUGCGGUUCUGGGGGCCGUCGAUGCACCUGGUGCCUUGCGGUGUCAUCUCCGUUGUGUUUGCUGAUGGUGGGGGUGAGGAGGUUGAGAGGAAGGAGGAGGAGGAAGAGGGUCGGUGGGAAGGGGGAGAGCAGGGGGGAGGGAAGGGGAGAGAGCAGGUGGAGGGGGAGGAGGGGGCUGAAGAGGGGGAGGAGGAGGAAACUGGUGAUGGCAGCUGUAGCGACGAGGGGGGGAGGGAGCUACUGGCAAGGAGGGAGAACAGAGAAGGGAGGAGGAGCAACGGAGGGGGCAAGGGCAGCAAGGCAGAAGGCGGGAAGAACAGGGGGAGUUCCUCAGCUAUCAGAGAUGGUGGAGAGCGGUACGAGUGGAGCAAGGUGACAACGGGCAUCUACAACAUAAUAGUGGGGAAGCUUCAAGUGGAGCACUUCGGCACGAUGCACAUCCGAGGCAGCCGGGGGCUGUCUGUGCAUCUGCACUUCAAAGAACCCUCACUGUUCGACCGUAGCAAGCACCAGGUGCAUGGGCAUGUGCAGAACGAGCAGGGGGAGAAGCUGGCGAUGCUGCAUGGCAGGUGGGACCAGCACCUGGCCUUCACCCUCACUCACCACGGCAGGGAGCACUGCAAGCAGCAAGACAACCAGAGACGCAGGCAGCAGGGCAGGAGGCAAUUUGAAAGGGGCGUGAAGCAGCAAGAUGCAAUCGGGGCUGGGGAGGGGGAUCAUGGGGCGCAUAGGCCAGCAGCUGUGGGGAGGGCGUACUUGGGGGAGGUGUCUUCUGGGCCUGGCGUGGCUUCUGAGGCGCGGCAAAAGUCAGCUGCUGUGGGGCGGCCGUACCUGGGGGAGGUGUCUUCUGGUCCUGAUGUGGGCGGCAGCGGCUUGGAUGAGACGAAUUGUGGAGAUGGUUGUGAGAGGGAUGCUCUGACCCCAGUAGCAGCGGCACCUGAGAACCCACCUGAGAGGACACCUGAGCACGCGCCUGAGCACCCACUUGAGCAUCAACCUGAGAAUCCACGUCAGCGUCCACAUAGGCCACCACCUGAGAAACCACCUGAGAAGAAACCUGGGCACUUUGCUGAUCGUCCAGCAACCCGAUCAGCACCUCAUUUGCUGUGGCACAAGGCUGCUUCAGCCACGGCUCAUCACCAGCACCAGCAGCAGCAGCAGCAGCAGCAGCAGCAGCAGCAGCAGCAGCACCAGCAGCAGCAGCAGCAGCAGCACCAGCAGCAGCAGCAGCAGCACCAGCAGCAGCAGCAGCAGCACCAGCAGCAGCAGCAGCAGCAGCAGCACCAGCAGCAGCAGCAGCAGCAGCAGCAGCAGCAGCAGCAGCAGCAGCAGCAGCAGCAGCAGCAGCAGCAGCAGCAGCAGCAGCAGCAGCAGCAGCAGCAGCAGCAGCAGCAGCAGCAGGAGGAGCAGGAGGAGCAGCAGGAGGAGCAGCAGGAGGAGCAGCAGCAAGGCAACAAGUACAACUUGUCGCCCUUUUGUGUCACACUCAAUGAGAUCACGCCAGAUAUUGCGGUGAGCUGUCCAACGGGUUUCACAGGGACUGGGCUGGUUCGCAUAAGGAAAGAUUAG